AUGGCCACGACCAGCACAACCCGGCCGCUUGGGUCGGCGUCCGACGCGACCCUCGCCGGCGGCACUCGGCCCAGCUCGAGCGAGGCGCCCCGGACCACCCUGAGCCCUCCGGACCCUGUCCACUACGAUGCCUAUCUCAGCGACACGACGACCCGCCCGGCGUCACCCGCGCCGGACGAAAAGAAGGACGUCGAAACAGCAGGGAGCGUCAAGGAGGAGGCUUCGGGUCCAGAGGACGGCGAGUAUCCCACAGGGUGGGCCUUCACGUUCAUCGUCGUCGCCCUGGUGCUCAGCAUUUUCCUCGUCUCGCUUGAUAUGACAAUCGUCGCAACCGCCAUUCCGAAAAUUACAGACGAGUUCAAGGGCCUCGAAGACGUCGCGUGGUACGGCUCGGCGUUCUUCAUGACCGUCGGCGGCUUCCAGUCGACAUGGGGCAAGGUGUUCAAGUACUUCCCCCUGAAGCUCGGCUUUUUGGCCUCCAUCUUCAUCUUCGAGCUCGGCAGUUUGAUCUGCGGCGUCGCGCCCAACUCGACGGCCCUGAUUGUGGGACGUGCCUUUGCUGGCAUUGGCGCUGCCGGCGUCGGCUCGGGCGCUUACACCAUCAUUGCGUUCACGGCCCCUCCGAAGAAGCGGCCCAUCUUCACGGGCGUCAUCGGCACCGCCUACGGCAUCGCCGCCGUGAUCGGCCCCCUGAUCGGUGGUGCCUUCGCUGACCGCGUCACCUGGCGCUGGUGCUUCUACAUCAACCUGCCCAUCGGCGGCCUCUCGGCGACCAUCAUCACCUUGUUCUUCAAGGCCCCCAAGGGCGCCAAGCCGGUCGAGGCGCCGCUGCGGGAGAAGCUGCUGCAGAUGGACCUGGUGGGCACGGCGCUCGUCAUGGCCGCCGUCAUCUCGUACAUCCUGGCGCUGCAGUACGGCGGCCAGACCAAGGCGUGGCGCGACUCGACCGUGAUCGGCCUGCUGGUCGGCUUCGUGCUCAUCUCCGCCGCCUUCGCCGCCUGGGAGUGGUUCAACGGCGAGCGGUCCAUGAUCGUGCCGCGCCUGUUCGCGCGCCGCGACGUCUGGGUGUCGUCCAUGUUCACCUUCUUCUUCGCCGGCUCCUACUUCGUCAUCAUCUACUACCUGCCCAUCUACUUCCAGAGCAUCGACAACUCCAGCCCGACCGGCUCGGGCGUGCGCAACCUGCCGCUGAUCCUGUCGGUCACGGUCGCGACCGUCGUCGCCGGCGGCGCCAUCUCGGCCACGGGCAUCGCCGCGCCCGUCGCCACCGGCGGCGCCGCCAUCGCCACCAUUGCCGCCGGUCUGCUCUACACGCUCGACAUCGGCACCUCCACCGGCAAGUGGAUUGGCUACCAGAUCCUGGGCGGCCUCGCCUGGGGCGCCGCCUUCCAGGUGCCCAUCGUCGUCGGCCAGGCCACGGCCGAGCCCAACGACAUCUCCUCCGUGACCGCCAUCAUCCUCUUCUUCCAAACCGUAGGCGGCGCCUUCCUGGUCUCGGCCGCGCAGUCCGCCUUCGUCAACACCAUGCUCAACCGCCUGGCCACCUCGGCGCCGCAGGUCAGCCCGCUCAAGCUGCUCGGCACCGGCGCGACCCAGCUCCGCGCCGUGUUCCCCCCCGAGCAGGUCCCCGGCAUCCUGGUCGCCUACAUGGCCGGCAUCAAGACGGCGCUGGCGCUGGCCAUCGCCGCCGUCGGCCUCGCCUUCGUCGUCAGCCUGUUCAACAACUGGCGCCGGCUGAACACUGAUGCGUUGAAGGGUGCCGGAGGGGCGGCGUGA